AGUCGAGUCAAGACUCAAGACCCCCAAAGCUUCCCUUACUCCAUUGUCGUCCUCGUGACGCCUUCGCUGUAAUUCCCAGCCUCCCCGUUGCCUGGUCAACUAGACACUCAGACCCGUAGUAGUAUUCUUGGGAGCUGCUAUGAGCGUGUCAACUCUAAGUCUUUCCCCUGAGAGCUGAUAAGUGUUGCCUUCCGAGCACAAGCGUCAGGCAAGCUAAUUACUCCGGCGGUACCGAUAGUACCGCCAUGGCUCAGCGGUCCCUGUGGAGAUUCUAUUCCAAGAAAGAAAACGCGUCUGUUCCGCAGUCGUCUCAGCCGCUCCUAUCAAACCAGAAUCCGCCGGCGAGCAGCCAAGGACCGUGGGGAUCUACUAAAGACCCCGCUAAAGCGGUCUCCGAUAGCAGUCCGUUCAAGACUCCACGGAACCCGUACGCUUUCAGCGGCACGAAUGAGGGGACGGAACCGAAAGGACGCGUGAUCGCUGAUCAGCCUUCCCUGAAUAAGCCUCCCCCGAGUCAACGGUCAACGGGGUACUCUGAUCCGCGCAGGACGGAGCCAGGCGACGCGGAAAACGGUUUUGGUACUCCGUCGGCAAGAGCUGGGAUUGGUCGAGAUGGUCGAGAGGGUCGAGCUAGCUUCAGCCCACGGCCUCACUUCACUCCGCUGACUCCUGGGAUCAAGCCAUGCGUCCCGAGAGCGAAGAGAGGAAGGGACGAUGCAGAUGUUGACGACAAUGCGAAUGACUACAGCGAGGGGGCUAACGGGCUACAGAGCAAGAAGUUUGCCUCCGCGACGCAGCCUGAGCGGUCUGCUGGCGGAGCAUCUCAGCGCCCUUCGUUAUGUCACAAUCUGAUAUGUCACAACCUGAUGUGCCACAACAGCAUGAUGACCGGUCCAGGCGCGCCGAGUUUCUUCGGGCAUUGGGAGCAGAUGAUCUGGAGGGCGGGCAGGAUAAGAAUGCGGGCAUGUGGGCCGAAGCCCGGUCGAAAUUCGAGUGGCUGCUGCCCGUAAAUAUUCGGGAUGGGAAAGGGAGGAGGCCUGGGGAGCCGGGUUACGAUUCGCGAAGUGUAACCGUCCCGCGUGCGAUUUUCGACAAGCUGUCAGCGUCACAGAAGCAGUACUGGAGCACGAAAUCGCGCUACAUGGACACCAUCCUCUUCUUCAAAGUGGGCAAGUUCUACGAGCUGUACGAGGUGGAUGCUGAGGUGGGCCACAAGGAGCUCGACUGGAAGCUGACCGUCAGUGGAGUGGGCAAGUGUCGCCAGGUGGGAGUGCCCGAGAGUGGCAUUGAGGACGCCGUUCAAAAGCUCGUGGCCCGGGGCCAUUUGAAACCACAACGCGCCAUGUU